CUUUCUAGCACUAUAUUUUAGUUAGAAUCCUAAAAUGGAGACUUUGAAUAGAGUCUACUUAUCAGAAUACUAGCUUGAAGUACAAAAAUGAUCAAUUACUGCUCUGAAUGAAGAUCUUAAAUUUAUUGGACUGGCUAGUAAUGCGAUAACUGCUGGUAUCCAGAAACCCUACUGCCCCGAGACAAAACACUCUCUCAAACUACAAGAUGUACAAAUCCACAAGUAAUUAACACACUGACUAGAAUUAGUACACUCCUGUGGAUAGACUGUCACAAACUGAACAUAAAAGAAUACCUUGAGCUGUACCGAAACAACAAGAAAUCAAUUGGUAUAUACAAUCACAUGACAAAGAUAUUGGAUAUAAGAGGUGCUUAAAUUAACUGUAGCGUCACAUUGUGUGUGAUGUCCUUUCAGAGGAGCUACUUUUAAAAUGGACUUAGAUCAGUGGAUAUAUUAUGUCAAAACUUGUAAAUACCUUCCAGAAAAUGAACUCAGAAAAUUAUGCAGCUACGUUAGUGAGUUGCUGAUUGAAGAGUGCAAUGUACAGCCUGUUUCUUUCCCUGUUACCAUAUGUGGUGAUAUUCAUGGACAGUUCUAUGAUCUUUUACAGUUAUUUCGCAGAGGGGGCAAACUUCCUGACAGGAAUUAUAUUUUCAUGGGAGAUUUUGUUGACCGUGGUUAUUACAGCCUUGAAACUCUCACAUUUCUUCUCGUUUUAAAAGCCAAGUAUCCUGCACGAAUAACAUUAUUGAGAGGAAACCAUGAAAGUCGGCAAAUUACCCAGUGCUAUGGCUUCUAUGAUGAAUGUAUCAAUAAAUAUGGCAAUGCAAAUCCAUGGCAUUAUUGUUGCAAAGUCUUCGAUCUUCUUACUAUAGCUGCAUUGGUUGGGGAAAAAGUUCUUUGUGUUCAUGGAGGUCUGUCACCUCAAAUCAAAACACUCGAUCAAAUCCGGACAAUCGACAGACAUAUGGAAAUACCCCAUGAAGGUCCCUUUUGUGACAUUUUAUGGUCAGAUCCUGAUGAUGUAGCUCAGUGGGCUGUCAGUCCGCGUGGUGCAGGAUACUUGUUUGGACCAAAAGUCACUCAUGAAUUUGUUGAGUUAAAUGGUUUAGAGUCUAUUUGUAGAGCUCAUCAACUUGUGCAUGAAGGUUACAAGUGUAUGUUUGAUGGACGGCUAAUCACUAUUUGGUCAGCUCCAAAUUACUGUUAUCGUUGCGGAAAUAUAGCAGCAAUUUUGGAGUUUCAGAGUCCGACACAAUUUGACGCCAAACUUUUCGAGGCUGUACCAGAUGAAGAAAGAAGCAAACCUCCUUUAAGAAUUACUCCUUACUUCUUGUGACAUAAUUUAAUUCAAAACCUUAACUUCUUUUUCCAGCAUAUAAUAAUUUUUUUGUUAAUUCCCAUUAACAUUACGGUCUUUAACUGCAGCUAAAAAACAAUGUGUUGCAACGUAAAAAUAGGCAAUAAAGUUGUACAGAUCUCUAAGAUUUUCAUACAAAAAUUCAUGUAUUCUUUUUGUAAAUUUUUCAAAUCAAUACAUCAUUGGAACUAAAGAGACUCAACCUUGUAAAUCAGUUUAAACGUUUGAUCAUCAAAGAUACAUUAUGUUUUUAUUUAAAUACGGACUCAGUACACUACAUAAAAUAUAACAAUAUUAUGAAUAUACAAAUUUAAAAAAUGAGCACAUAAUGAGGACAGUCAGAAAGAAAAGAUAAUCAUAAAGUACAGUGGACAGGUUGUUAUAGCGUUUCUCCAAUGUUUUGCAUUAAAAUUUGAUAAGAAUGGAUACAGGUGAUCCAAGAGAGACAGUAGUCCUGUGUUCAUCUACCCUGUCAAUUGCUGAACGCUUGGCUCAUUUCAGUUUAGACAUGAUUGACAAUUAAGUCUCUAAACAAAGCAUCGCUGAAGACCGCUGGAAAUCAAGGUUGACUGUAAAUUUCGGUUUAAUAUGAACAAAACUAAAGAAUAAAGCAUUUUACACUUAAA